UUGUGAAGGUAUAAGUUGGAAAUGUAAAAAAACAAACAAAAAAAACCUACAAAAAAGCCAUCCUGAAAGAGCACUUUCCGAAGAAAAUAGAAAGGUCUACUAAUGUUUUGUGCAUCUCUAUUUGUUAUCUUUUACACCCUUUUGUCACUUUUUACACCUCAGUCUGCUUUUCUCUCUCUCUCUCUCUUGGAAAGUGGUAUUUUUGCCUGUGUGUUGAAGUAAAUGCACCCCUCUGAUCAGUUAGAAGCUUUUAAAAAACAACACAUACACAAACACCCUUUCUUCUGAUUAAAAUCUUAUCCCAUUUCGCCCUGGAUUAUAUGAUAUCGAUUCUCCAAAUAAUUGAUGGGGCCUAAUUAAAAAUCUGAAAAAAGGAGGGGGGCAAGUUCUUGGAUAGACCUUUCUCGCAAAACGAUUUUCCCCCUUAAGCAGGAAAAUAAAGCUUGGGAAAAGUAGCAAACGAAAAUAUUAGAGAAGAUUUCAAACCUCUUCACUGGUAGCCUUGGUGUCUUUCUGAUCGCUCUUCCUUAACCGACUUGGCUAGUUUCUCCUUUCUUUCUCUACCUUUUCUUGCUUGGCUACGAAGUUUAGCGAGCCCCGGAAAAUCCCAGGGCCGCGUGGGUCAUUUUUUUAUCCUGGCUUUUGGUUCUUCUGAAGGGUUAGCUGUGUCAAACGAGGGACGGGGGGGAAAAGAGUAGGCAGAGGAAGGGAGUAAUGCCCCAUCCAAGUGAAAACUCCUCCGUCCAUAGUUGCCUAGCAAUUUGAUUAGGGCCGACUAAAAAGGUCACAAAAUAGUGUGCGAGUUUUCAAACGCUCCUUUUCAAGUUAGUGCUAAAAGAAAGGCGCGGGUCAAAACGACGCCAAAAUUGAAACCAAAUGUUGUGGACCACGAGAAGCCCAGGGCUGCACCAGAAGAGACCUUCACUCCCUGAUUUUUGGAGAAAACAAAAAACUCUGCUUUGGGAGCUCCUCGGGAUCACUCGGCCAGGCGGUUUGGCCACCCCGUUUUGGUUUUGUUUUUUUUAACUCGCAGCUCUUCCAGAAGCUUUAAGGCUCCGGAUUACAAAGUUAACUUCUCUACCCGAAAGAUCUGGAGAAGAAAGAGGAAAGGAGAAAGAAGCAGAUCCAGGAGGCACCUCCUGCCAACUCCAAGCAGCCCCAGAAUUUUGGCCAUUUUUCCUCCUCGCCCCAACUUUAGCAUGAUGUCUUAUCUUAAGCAACCACCUUACGCAGUCAACGGCCUAAGCCUCACCACCUCCGGGAUGGACCUGCUCCAUCCCUCCGUCGGGUAUCCAGCCACCCCUCGGAAACAGCGGAGGGAGCGCACCACCUUCACCCGCGCGCAGCUGGACGUCCUGGAGGCCCUUUUUGCCAAAACCCGCUACCCGGAUAUCUUCAUGCGCGAAGAGGUGGCCCUCAAAAUUAACUUGCCGGAGUCACGAGUGCAGGUGUGGUUCAAAAAUCGUCGGGCUAAAUGCCGCCAGCAGCAGCAACAGCAGCAGAACGGGGGCCAGAAUAAAGUGAGGCCCGCAAAGAAGAAGAGUUCUCCAGCCAGAGAAGUGAGUUCAGAGAGUGGAACCAGCGGCCAAUUCACACCUCCAGCCAGUACCUCAGUCCCUGCCAUUUCCAGCAGCAGCGCCCCAGUGUCUAUCUGGAGCCCAGCAUCCAUCUCUCCUCUCUCAGACCCCCUGUCCACUUCUUCUUCAUGCAUGCAGAGGUCCUACCCUAUGACCUACACUCAGGCUUCAGGCUAUAGCCAAGGAUAUGCCGGCUCAACCUCAUAUUUUGGAGGAAUGGACUGUGGAUCUUACCUGACCCCUAUGCAUCACCAGCUCCCUGGACCAGGGGCCACCCUUAGCCCCAUGGGUACCAAUGCUGUGGCCAGCCAUCUCAACCAGUCUCCAGCUUCACUCUCCACUCAAGGUUACGGAGCUUCAAGUUUGGGGUUUAACUCAUCUACUGAUUGUUUGGAUUAUAAGGAUCAAACAGCCUCCUGGAAGCUAAACUUCAAUGCUGACUGCUUGGAUUAUAAAGACCAGACAUCUUCAUGGAAGUUUCAGGUUUUGUGAAGACCUGUUAGGAACCCUUUGUGAUAAACAAUAAUGGUGAUGAUGCUAAUGCUGAUGAUAAGUGAUCACAAUGAUGUUGUUGAAACAGACAAGACAAUAGCCAUAGUAGGCUGACAUUUCCAGUUUUGAGAUCUUUGAUUUAAAUUAAAAAGAAUUGUGAACAGGACACAAAAUAAUAACAAAGGCAAGAAAUUCAGUGGCCGUGAUCAUACCUCCCAAUUUCACCUCUUGCUCAGAUGCUCUGGAAAGAAAGAUAAGAAGGAAAGACAUAUUUUGUUGACCAAGAACAGAACCACAUCACUUAGUUUCUCAUUGCUUCAUAGUUUUAGCCAAUUGUUGGGUUUCUUUGCCUGGAUAGGGAUGGAAGAUUAUUCUAUGACCCAGAGUAGGGGGUAUUGGGUUCUUUCUUUCCUUUUUUCUUUCUUUCUUUCUUUCUUUCUUUCUUUCUUUCUUUCUUUCUUUCUUUCUUUCUUUCUUUCUUUCUUUCUCUCUCUCUCCUGCCUUUCUUUCCUGCCUUCCUUCCUUCCUGCCUGCUUGGCACUAACUAGUUACCUUUUUUGUAUGGCAAGAAUGACCCUUCUUUUCCUUCCCUUUCCAUCCAACCUUGGUUAAAAUGUUUGUGUUAUGGGACAAUACAUCCAUAUACAUCUCUCAAGCUUCUUCGAUUGCUUCGGCCUCAUUUGGCAAAGUUGGCCAUAGGAAAAAAAAUGAACAAAGAACUCGGUUAAGAGCUCUGUGGAUCAUGGGACUGAUUGUCUUAGCUGCACUACUUUAUUUAAGAGGGGGAGAAAUAAGAAUAAUGUCAAUAAGGAGUCAAUAUGUAGUUUUUAAGAGACAAUCAGUGUGCGUCUUAUAUAAAUGGUACAUCUGUGGUUUUUAAUCUGUGCUAGACUUUAAAACUGUGAUCUCCUGUAUUGUAUGCAAUUAUAAACCCCACACCAGCAGGAGGUUCUGCUGUGAUUUUACAGAGGUUAUAAUUAACGGUGAAAUUUGAGCAACUGAGUUACAUAUGACCAUCUUUCUAUUUCUUCUUUCUUUCUUUUUCUAUCUCUCUUCCUCUCCCUCCCUGUCUGGUUUUCUUUCUGUCUUUCUCUUGCUCUAAAAUUGCCUUUUAUUAGAGGUAAACUGCACUGAAAAAACAAAGCAACUUUUAACAGCAAGCUGUGGCUGAACGAACAUCACUGAAAUCUAAAAAAAAAAAAAGUCACUAAAUAAAAAUACACGUGGACUUUUACCUUCACCUGUACUACAGUAGCCUACUGUUGGAAAAGCUAGCAGUAAGGAGAAAGAAGUAUAUAUAUUUAAGACAUCGGUCAAUUGCUCUGACCUUGAGUUUCCAAACAGCAAAAAUACUUGUUGUUUUUAUGCUUGCAGAUGUGAAAUGGAGAAAAAAAAGAUAUAUAUGCAUAAACCUUUUUUUUCUGGAUUUGGCAGAUAUGUAUAAUUCUAUUAAAUGGUUCUAGCACAAGUGAUAGUCUUUGUCUCCCCAUGUGCUUGCAAAAGUUCCCUUCCUCAAAGCUCAUUUCAACUUCCAUAAAGCGAAAGGUUUUGAGAAUUUGUUUCUGGAACCAAAGGGGGGAUUUUUUUUUUAUUUUGGUGUCUCCAGGGUUUGAUUUAACCUUUUGUGGCAUUCCCAAACCAGCUUAGCUUUGCUGUCUCUGCAAAACUACAAAGAAUCCAGAUCUUUGCUCUCUUUCGGGGGUUAAUUUAGGAAACAAGCUGAAUUUCGUCAACUGUUUGCCAGAAUAGAAAAUGGUGGUGGGCUGUCCCCCACUUUCCCUCCCCCCUGUCUUUAUUUCGUUUCGGGCUUUUUCCUGAUUAAUUUAGAGAUUGAAAAGCAGAGGAAAGGAGAUAAAGAACUAAGGGGGGGGGAGAUGCUUUGGAAGCUCAGGGGGUGUUUGAGCCGCUCCUAUAAACGUUCUGAGAAGAAGGGAUAUAGGAUAUACGCGAAACAGCAGACGCAGUCACGCACAAAUGAUGGGUGGACAAAAGAGUUGGGAUAAAGUUUUUUGAAAGCUAUGAUUUCUACAGCUGGACACAAAAGGACUUAGAGCACCCUGCGCCCCCCUCCCUUUUCCUCCCUGCCUCCCCUUGAAAUCACCAGGAAAAUGGUUACCUCUUUGGGGAGAGAAAUAGCGUGCCUGAAUCCGCCGCCUUCUUUUCCUUUCCUUUCCUUUCCUUUCCUUUCCUUUCCUUUCCUUUCCUUUCCUUUCCUUUCCUUUCCUUUCCUUUCCUUUCCUUUUCCUUUCCUUUCCUCGCCUUCAGUCGAGGUAGAAUAAGCUAAACGUUUUGGAAUCGGGCUGGGCGUUUAAGGUGCAGCCACACAUCAAUAAACAUACUCUUUCAAUUAACUGCA